UUAUUAUUUCACUAUUUCGUUUCAUUAGACGGGAAUAUGGACAUCGGUAAAGCUGAGGGAUUCGAGCCUCCUGAAACUUCACCUUACCUAACUAAGCUUUAUCCGUCGUGUAAAGAGUUUACGCAGAGUAAAGUGGCGUUAAAGUUGAUUCGUGAUGAUAUCAAAGAGUAUCGAGUUAAUGAGAAAGCAAAGAGACCAGUCGACCCACUUUUAGAUGAAGCCAUACGACGCACAGCAAUCGCGUUUCGACUCCCACAACGUGAAGCGAUCAUUCAUUUGAAUGACGUCUUUGGCCAAGAUCUACCAAUUUGGUCAUCUUCACCUGGGAUUCCAUGGAGUCAGAUUGGCUACAAGACGAAGGAUGACAUCCGCAAAGACCCCGAAGCAGUACAGCGAGUACGGUAUUUCUGGCACCAAGUCAAGGCUCGGAAGGACAUCAGCUUGCCAGAUUGCUGUGCGUACAUGCGAUUCCACUUGUGUAAAGUUGGAGAUACAAAGGUGCGUGCAGUUUGGGGCUACCCAGCAACUGUCACUUUUGCUGAAGCCAUGUUCGCUCUACCACUGAUUAGAGCUUAUCAGAAGAGACGAACUCCAUUAGCAUAUGGAUACGAAACUGGAACUGGAAGCAUGCGGAAAAUAUUCCAGCAGUUUCAAGGCUCGCACUUCCUUGGUAUUGAUUUCUCAAACUUCGACAAAACUCUUCCGGCAUGGCUAAUUAAAUUGGCCUUUGAUGUAAUGGCAAUUAAUUUGGAUUUCACAAAAUAUCAUGAUCAUGGCGUCCCCUGUACACGUUCAAUAAUACGCGUCUUUGAAACCUUGGAGGAUUACUGUAUUAACACCAAAAUCAGAAUGUGUAAUGCACUUGUCAAGAAAGUAGAAAUCCAGGAUAUAGUGGUGUUCGGUGAUGAUUCACUGAUGGGUACAAGAUCGAUACUCACACCUGACGACGUACAAGAAGUUCUUCGAUCACUGGGAAUGGUCGUGAAUGUGGAAAAGUCAGGGUUUUCUAGAAGUGUGACAAACUUGACGUUCCUUGGGUACGGGGUAAACGGCGGUUUUCCAUUAAAACACCACAAAAGAUUUGUCGCUAGUCUGGUCUGGCCGGAGAGGAAUGACAAAUGUUGGGAUGAUGUCGCUUCUAGAGCACUAGGUAUCAUAUAUGCCAAUUUAGGCGUUGAUGAUAGAAUCGAUUUAUGA